AUGUGGAUGUGGAAGCGGUGUCCUCACAACGGGAUCGAAUUAGCAGCAAUUGGUCAAGAACUAGCGGCAAUUUUAUGGGGUGGAAGUAUUGGUCCAAAAAACCCAAACACAAGAUGGCUGUCAUAUCUAAAUUGCAAGGCCGCUUCUUUUCGGUCGGAGUCCGUCUCCAACUUUCAUAUCACGAAAAAGUCACCAGCUUGCCCGAAGGGUAGCUAUCUGCUGAGAGGGGGUGAUAGAAGGUUUUAG